GACAACUAUCUAAUCUAUUGAAUUUCGAACCAGAUAAGACAACUCGCAGGUAAUCCGACUCACGGAGACCCGUGCCUAUUUAACGACAUCGUUAAGGCUAAAUCUUUGAUGCAUCACGUAUCAAUCAAACGGCCGCCAUCACAUUCGUACAAUAUUACGAUACACUCAUUCUUCCAACAACAUUUGUGUAAUCAUCACCGCCGGCACCGCGGAAAAAGGGCAAAAGCGGUCAUUUCUUUCUCUGUCUCUCCUUCUCCUUCUCCUUCUCCGUCUCCGUCUCCGUCUCCUUCCCUACUCUCUCCCUCCACUGCAAGUUCUCUCCAAUGGCGGACAAUUUGACCAGAGACCAGUACGUCUACAUGGCUAAACUGGCCGAACAAGCUGAGAGGUACGAAGAGAUGGUCAAGUUCAUGGAAAAGCUAGUCAUCGGUUCUACACCAGCCGCCGAGCUUACCGUCGAGGAACGAAACCUCCUUUCUGUCGCCUACAAGAACGUGAUCGGCUCGCUCCGAGCGGCGUGGCGCAUCGUCUCAUCGAUUGAGCAGAAAGAGGAGUCUCGCAAGAACGAAGACCACGUGGUUCUGGUCAAGGACUACAGAUCUAAGGUGGAAUCUGAGUUGUCUGAGGUGUGUGCUGGUAUUUUGAAGCUUUUGGACUCGAAUCUUGUGCCUUCGGCUGCCUCGAGUGAGUCGAAGGUGUUUUACUUGAAGAUGAAAGGGGAUUAUCAUCGGUAUAUGGCUGAGUUUAAGGUUGGAGAUGAGCGCAAGCAAGCUGCGGAGGAUACUAUGAACGCUUACAAGGAUGCUCAGGAAAUUGCAAUGGCUGAUCUGGCUCCGACACAUCCAAUAAGGCUGGGGCUAGCGCUCAAUUUCUCGGUUUACUACUAUGAGAUUCUCAAUUCAUCUGACAAGGCUUGUAGUAUGGCAAAACAGGCAUUUGAGGAAGCCAUAGCUGAGCUGGACACCUUGGGUGAAGAAUCAUACAAGGACAGCACUCUCAUCAUGCAACUCCUAAGGGACAAUCUCACUCUUUGGACUUCUGAUGCCCAGGACCAGGUGGAUGAGCCAUGAUAUCGGAGCUGAUCAGUCAUUGUUGUCUCCUGGGGGAGGUGGGCUUCAAAUGUCAUUGUUGUGCUGACUAAGUGUGUUUGGGAAACGGGUAUAAACCCUUGGCAUGCUUUGUUUCAUACUCGAACUAAACCUGCUUUAGAGUUCUUAGAGUGAUUUGGAAUUUGGACUGGUGGAAGUACAAAGUUGCUUAUCUGCUGCUAUUUUCCUUUCUGUUGUGGUUGGCAUUGCUUAUAUCCUCAACUUUCCUUUUAUCCUUUUUUCAAGAAUAUCUGGCCCAGUUUAGUUUG